AUGUCUCGCUUCGGCAGGCCGCGGUCCCCACACAUUCGCCAGAAGUUGCUGUUCUCCGGCUCGGAUGGAGAGGACGAGCCGAUAGAGGACGUGAACAACAGCACCGGGGGAGAGUCGGGCUUCACGGAGAUGGACUCCCCCGUGGCCACGCGCAUGGAGGCCGACAGACCCAUGGACCGGUCCGCGGACGAGGUGGAGCUAUGGGGGGAGGAGGACUUUGGAUCAUCACCGGCUCAUCUGCAGCAGGCUCUGUCUCCAGUCAGCGUUCGGCUCUUUUCUCCUUGCUCACCGUCUCCCAGAAAGCUUCGUUCCUCUCGCCUUUUUGACUCUCCGGAACAGGACCGGACCCUCGACGAUGGAGAGGCCUCCAGCUCUCCUAUCCCAGACUGCCCAGACACGCCCCCUCACAAGACCUUCCGGAAGCUGAGGCUGUUUGACACUCCACACACCCCCAAGAGUUUACUAUCCAGAGCGCGGACCUCGGGCACGUCGUCGUCCAAUCGCAGAGUGGCUCUGUUCAAAAGUGACCAAUCGGGAAAGGGCCUGUCGGAGAGUGGGCGUCGCCAGCAGACUCCCCUGGUGAACUUUAACCCCUUCACUCCGGACUCACUUCUCAUCCAGUCGGCGACGCAGCAGAGAGCAACACGCAAGAGAGCACAUUGGAACGAUUCUUGUGGUGAAGACAUGGAGCAGAGUGACGGCGAAACGGAAGAGGAGAUCCUCCCGCCUUCGAAGCGGGUCACCAUGAUGGACAGUAACAUGGCGUCUCGCUACGUCUCCGAGUUCUUGGAGUUGGACAAAAUUGGCUGCGGAGAGUUCGGAGCCGUGUUUAAAUGUGUGAAGAGACUGGACGGAUGCAUCUACGCCAUCAAGAGGUCCAAGAAGCCACUGGCCGGAUCUGUGGACGAGCAGAACGCCCUGCGUGAGGUUUAUGCCCAUGCCGUCCUGGGACAGCACCCCCAUGUGGUGAGGUACUACUCUGCGUGGGCGGAGGACGAGCACAUGCUGAUCCAGAACGAGUACUGUAACGGCGGGACGCUGGCCGACGUCAUCACCGACAACUACAGACGCCUCACGUACCUGAACGAAGCGGCGCUCAAAGACCUGCUGCUGCAAGUGACACGCGGCCUGCGAUACGUGCACUCCACCGGCCUCGUGCACAUGGACAUCAAGCCCAGUAAUAUCUUUAUUUCUCGUAAGUCUUUGUCGACUUGUGAAGUUCUGGAUGAAGAAGACGAGCUCUCCACAAACGUCAUUUAUAAAAUUGGCGACCUGGGUCAUGUGACCCGUGUCAAUAACCCACAGGUGGAGGAGGGAGACAGCCGUUAUCUGGCCAACGAGGUCCUGCAGGAGGAGUACAGUAACCUGAUGAAGGCGGACAUCUUUGCUCUGGCUCUCACUGUGGUCAGUGCGUCUGGAGCGGAGCCUCUGCCCACCAACGGAGACAAGUGGCACGAGAUCAGACAAGGAAGACUCCCCCACAUCCCCCAAGUCCUCUCGCCAGAGUUUACGUCUCUGCUCAAGUUGAUGAUUCACCCUGAGCCCUCGCGGCGACCUUCGACCUCUGAGCUGCUGAGAAACCCUGUCCUCCUCACCGCCGCCAAGAUGGAUGCCGACCAGCUGAGAGUGGAGCUAAACGCCGAGAAGUUCAAGAACGCGCUGCUGCAAAAAGAGCUGAAAAAAGCCCAGAUGGCCCGAGCUGCGGCAGAGGAGAAAGUCCUGUCCACAGACCGGGUCCUGACCAGGUCCACAGUCCAGACUGGACCCAGGACCACGGUCCAGACUGGAUCUAGGAGCACCAGGCUAAUUGGCAAGAAAAUGAACCGCUCGAGACCCAGUCCUCCGGCUGAGAGACCCAGUCCUCCGGCUGAGAGACCCAGUCCUCCGGCUGAGAGACCCAGUCCUCCGGCUGAGAGACCCAGCCCUCCGGCUGAGAGACCCAGCCCUCCGGCUGAGAGACCCAGUCCUCCGGCUGAGAGACCCAGUCCUCCGGCUGAGAGACCCAGUCCUCCGGCUGAGAGACCCAGUCCUCCGGCUGAGAGACCCAGUCCUCCGGCUGAGAGACCCAGUCCUCCGGCUGAGAGACCCAGUCCUCCGGCUGAGAGACCCAGUCCUCCGGCUGAGAGACCCAGUCCUCCGGCUGAGAGACCCAGUCCUCCGGCUGAGAGACCUGGGGUCUUCCCAGGGACCUCCUCCCAAAGGUCUCCUGCCAAUGGGACAGGAGCAGACACCAAAUAG